CUAGGCCUAAGGCCCGAGACCGGCCGACGUCCGACCCCCGGCGCCCAGUGGGGGCUGCCCGAGAUGAAGCGACUGUCGAGCGGCGGGAGCCGGGACAGACAGACGGACGACCACCUGGAGUUCCUCUCAUUGCUGACAUGAUGACAGUGUGCAGGCCAGCCAAGGGCAGCCAGAGCCAGACUGCAAACCUGAGCUACAGAUUGGCUGACAAGGUCAAGGUGGAAGGUCCAACGAUUGGGGAAGCCCCUCUAAGGCAACUCUUUCAGUCCUACAUUCCUUCCCCCAAGACUGAUCGAGAGUCUCCCUUCAGAAGGAACCCCCUGGAAAGCCUAAAUAACCUCAUGCUGGAGGCAAGAAUGGACAUGUUCAGCUCAAACAUGAUCAUCAGUGGCCCAGCUGUAGACCUUGGCCCCAACGAAGCCAGCAGGGCUGGGAGGAAGCAGCUAGGUGGUAUCCAGAACCUGCGCCCUUGCACCCGAGCUGGAGCCCAGCACAAGGCUUUUAGCAUAAAGGACAAGAUAUCUGAGUGGGAAGGCAAAAAGGAGUUGCCCACUGCAGCACCCAGCAGGCCAGUGGAUGAGCAAGAGGAUUACGGGCCAUCCUGCAUGUUGGAGAGAGGUAGCAGCGAGGUCAUGAGAACUCGGGUCGCAGAGGGUAAGAAUGGAAUGAGGCCCGAAACAGAGAGCCUGGAGAGUGAGAGGUGGAGAGGGGCAGUGAACGUUGGGGGUCCGGACAUAGAGAGGAGGCCAGACCUUGGCCAUCUCAAAGGGGAACCAGAGGCCUGUGGGAACAGAGGCCGGGAGCCGAGGCUCUGGAAGCCACACUUCCAGAAUGACCACCUCUCGGUGCUGAAGCAGGUCAAGAAACUGGAGCAGGCAUUGAAGGACGGGUCAGCGGGCUUGGAUCCCCAGUUGCCGGGGACAUGCUAUUCCCCACACUGCCUGCCUCACAAGGCAGAGGAGGAGCCCCAGCCUCCUGAGAACCACCGGAGUGGCGUAGAAGCUGGCCACAGGGGCCACCACUUGGAUCUAGAGGGCAGGGAGCCCACCUCUGAGGCUACAGAGGGGUCCUCUACAAAGCCCUUCAUCAACCCCCUGCCCAAACCCCGGAGAACAUUCAAACAUGCCGGAGAGGGAGACAAGGAUGGGAACCCAGGCGUUGGCUUCAGGAAAGAGAAAAGAAACCUGCCACCCCUGCCUUCCCUGCCUCCCCCACCGCUGCCCUCGUCCCCGCCUCCUGCCUCUGUGAACAGAAGGCUCUGGACCGGAAGGCAGAGACCCAGUGCUGACCACAGAAAGUCCUAUGAGUUUGAAGACUUACUGCAGUCUUCCUGCGAGAACAACAGGGUGGACUGGUAUGCACAGACUAAGUUGGGGCUCACACGCACUUUAUCAGAGGAGAACGUCUAUGAAGACAUUCUAGAUCCACCAAUGAAGGAAAACCCUUAUGAAGACAUCGAGUUACAUGGCCGCUGCCUGGGCAAGAAAUGUGUCUUGACCUUUCCUGGUUCUCCCACCUCUUCCAUACCUGACACUCCCACCAAGCAGUCAUUCUCCAAACCUGCUUUUUUCCGGCAAAAUUCAGAGAGGUGGAACUUCAAACUGCUGGACGCUAGGAAGUUGAGUCGGGAUGGAACUGGGUCCCCUUCCAGAAUUAGCCCCCCCUCCACACCCAGCAGUCCUGAUGACACUUUCUUUAACCUUGGAGACCUACAGAAUGGCAGGAAGAAGAAAAAGAUCCCCAAGCUGGUGUUGCGAAUCAACGCCACUUAUGAGGCCCGGAGAGGAAAGAAACGGGUGAAGAGGCUGUCCCAGUCUACGGAGAGCAACUCAGGAAAAGUGACAGACGAGAACAGUGAAUCUGACAGUGACACCGAGGAGAAACUGAAAGCUCACAGCCAGCGCCUGGUCAACGUGAAGUCCCGCCUGAAGCAGGCCCCUCGGUACCCACUGCUUGACCGGGAGCUCAUUGAGUACCAGGAGAGGCAGCUUUUCGAGUACUUUGUAGUGGUGUCUUUGCACAAGAAGCAGACCGGGGCUGCAUAUGUGCCGGAACUGACCCAGCAGUUCCCUCUGAAGUUGGAAAGGUCUUUCAAGUUCAUGAGAGAGGCUGAAGACCAGCUGAAGGCUAUUCCCCAGUUCUGUUUCCCUGAUGCCAAGGACUGGACUCCUGUCCAGCAAUUUACCAGUGAAACCUUCUCGUUCGUCUUGACUGGAGAAGACGGGAGCAGAAGGUUCGGUUAUUGCCGGAGACUACUGCCUGGAGGCAAAGGGAAGCGUCUUCCUGAAGUGUACUGCAUUGUGAGCCGCCUGGGAUGCUUCAGUCUCUUUUCAAAGAUCUUGGAUGAGGUGGAAAAACGACGUGGCAUCUCUCCUGCCCUUGUCCAGCCCCUCAUGAGGAGUGUCAUGGAGGCCCCUUUCCCAGCCCUGGGCAAAACCAUUAUUGUUAAGAACUUCUUGCCUGGUUCAGGGACUGAGGUAAUCGAGCUGUGUCGCCCACUGGACUCCCGGCUUGAACACGUGGAUUUUGAGUCUCUCUUCUCCUGCCUCAGUGUCCGCCACCUGGUCUGUGUUUUUGCCUCCCUGCUUCUGGAAAGGAGGGUCAUAUUCCUUGCAGACAAGCUCAGAUCAAAGAAGAUCUGGAAGAAAUGCAGAGAAGUGUUUGGGUGAUCUCUGAACUUCCAGCAAAAGAAGGUCUUGCAUUUUCGUCAUUUCAAAACACCGGCUCUUAACCUUCUUACCUUCUUCGCUUUGGACUGAGGGCACAGAAGCCAGAAGUGUGCGUGCAGGUGGGAGCUACAGCUCCAGGAAGGGCCAAGAUGUGGAGUCCUCCAGCCAGCCAGGCAGAGGGGGCCACUGAGAGGUGCAUCUGGAAAGAAGAUAUGGCAGAAGAAGAGAAACCAAGUAACAGUGGCUUAAAGAGGAAAUAGGACUGAACAUCAGAAAACAAAAGAGAAGAAGAAAAGAAAGAAUGGAAAGGACAAAAUGUAUCAACAUGGAAUUCAUCAGGGGGCGUGGGAGGAAAUGGCAUCCAGCCCUCCCUUCCACUGCAGCCAUCUGGUCACCUUCAUGAUGCUCCUCUUUGGACAGCAGCCAUUUGGCUAUUCCCCGAUGGCCCCCACCCUGUGUUUGAGUUCACUUUUAAAUGUCACAGUUACUGUACUCCCUGUGCACUUGUGUCAGGAAGCAGGCCCUGUCUUUAGCCUGCAGCUGGUGCUGGGUGCUUGGCAGCUCUCCAGGCUCCCUGGGCACUGGGGAAUUCAGCCAAAGAGUUCUCAAGGUUGGGCCCUGGAUACUAAGGAUGAGGAGUAACCCUUCAGUGACCAGGAUGGGGUUUCAUUAGCACUAUAGUAACCGUCUUGAUUCUCUGGAAGGCUCACUCAGCCCCUCAUUCUCCCCAAACUGUUGGAUUCUCAGGCUUGGAUUUGGGGGAGAGAAAAGUGAUAGAUUUCAGAAAGACCUAGGCAGGAAGUGGAAGUCCAGCUGAGCAAACCUGGUGUCUGCUCGGAAUAGAGCUGGGGACACAGUCCCCAGAGAGCUUGUUUCUGGGAUGAAGAUGUUAGACUUGGGGAGGGCCCAGAUUGAGAAAAUGCCUGAGUUGAUGAGUGUUGCUGGAGUGGAGCAACCAGGGGGUACCCCACCCUCAUGAGAGCAGGAAACCAUCUAGUUUCCUGGACAAAGUGCAGUGAAAGGAGAGAUAGGAACAGAAAGGGGUGGAAAUGUAAAGAUGCGUGUCUCUUUGAGGGGCAGUAUGGGAGGUAAUCUCAGAAGGCUCAGUGCUUUCUACAAGGUGUCUGGGGAAGGACACAACCACCUCUACCUUACCCUUGGACAAAUUUCUGGGUGGACAGCCUGGAUGCUGGUCCAGCCCCUCCACAAAGCUGCUGUGAGGAAGGACAGAGGAACAAGGAAUGGACCCUGCCCAGAGUCUCUUCCCCGGCCCCACUCCCUACCCUGUCUGGGGCAGCCUUAUGGAGGAGACAGGUCACCCACAGGGCUUCAUAGAAGGGACUUUGAGUUUGUCUCCUUGCCCUGCCACCCGUUCUCCUUGCCUGGGAUUGUACCCUUAGAGAUGUAGUCUUUUCAAACAGCACAUGCCCAGGAGAGGGGCAGGUAAGCUGUCAGCUGUGGCUGCUGCCAGCAGUUCUCACUAUGGCACACACUACGCGUCAUGUGCUUCUUUUGAAGCAACUGUCAGAUCUUAGGUGCUGUGGAGUGGAUUUUUGUAAGGGAGGAAGAAGCAGCUGGAACGUGGAUAAUUUCAGUGCUUCCUCUGGGCAGAGCUAGGCCAUGGUACAGUGUGUGUGCACGUGUGUGUAAAAUGCUUUAAUUGCAUUUUUUAAAUUCAUUUUUAAAUAUCUUUAUUUUUACCGGGAAUUGAACCCAGGGGCACUCAACCACUGAGCCACAUUCCAGCCCUAUUCUGUAUUUUAUUUAGAGACAAGGUCUCACUGAGUUGCUUAGUGUCUCACUUUUUCUGAAGCUGGUUUUGAACUUGCGAUCCUCCUGCCUCAGCCUCCGGAGCCACUGGGAUUACAGGCAUGCACCACCACGCCCAGCUUUUAUCUUUAUUUUAUUUAUAUUUUUUUAUGUGCUGCUGAGGAUCUAACCCAGUGCCUCAUAGAUGCUAGGCAAGCACUCUACCAUUGAGGUACAACCUCAGCCCCCUGAAUUGCAUUUUUUAUACCUUUUACAGCUCCCAGGCAUGCAUGUCCCUCUCUUACCACACUCACAGAGGAAAGACCCUGAACUUCCUUAGCCCUGGGCCCUGGGUCUCCUCAUUUGUGACACAGGGGUUUAUGAGCCCAGGCCCCUAGUGGUUCUUUCUGGGCGCUCUGGUGUCUUGUUUUCCCUGCAGGCAGCUGCUCUUUCCCUAUUACAAAUAGUUCCAUGUGUUCUCUUUCUUAUCCAGUAAACUACGUUUCCAUCUUAUUCUGCCUCAUGCAGAUUUGAAGGGGUAGAAAAAUAGAUAUUAAAAGACCCAAAGAGUUCCAAGAUAGGAAGAGAAGAAAACCAAGCAUGAGUUAACCUGAUCACAAUAAGGACAGCAGGUUCAGCUGCCACAACCUGGGGUGCUGCCUCUGGACCGGCCGCUUUCUCAGAGGCUCACCUGCAUUCUUCAGUGCUCCCCGCAGCCCUGUCAGGUGGAUGUUCUGGUCAGAACCCUGAAAGGCGCAGAGGUUCAAUCACUUUGCACAAGGAAGCCAGUAGUGAGAGAGGUGUCUGACUCCAGAUAAGACCAGGGAGCUGGCCAGGCCACCGAGAUCUGAGGGUGGGUGACCUGCAGGGUAUGGAACUCUAUCUGUCCACAGAAAUGUAGAAGAAAAGGCUUUGUAAAGCAGGCCACUAGGAGCCAUUAGAAGCUCAGCAGUCACUUUGAAGCUGACACUAGGAAGACCAAGCUUACUUCCUCAGAGGCUUCCUUCCCUCAGUGGCCUUCGGCCUUCCAGCAGGGGCUACAGUAAGGUAGGUGUGACUGAGUGGCCCCCACAGACUCAGCUCUGAAAUCCUUAGACUCCAUGGGCCAGACUGCUCCAGGCCUCCUGGCACCAUGCUUCAUGAAAUUUUCCAAAAAACUCUGAGGACCAUGUAGACAAAUCUAUAUCCACCCUAUUCUGUUGGAUUUAUGGAAGAGUAGCUGUAGGGAAUUAAAAGGUUCUGUGGCCAGGCCUCGACAAACAAGGGUUAGGGGAACAGUGACUGGCUGCAGGUUUCCUGAUCUGGCAAAUUCUGUGAAAAAAAUGGUAAGUUACAGCUGCUCCCCUUAUCCUUAGGACUCUGUGCACUGCACACAUGCUGAUCCUUAGCCCCAUUCAGCUAAAAGUGGAAGGAAGCCUCCUUAUUUUUCUUUUCUUUCUGUGGCCCCAGUCUUACUGAGGACACAGAACAGAGCAUGAGAACAGGACAUCUCACAAACUCAGUAAGUGGCCCCGUGACAUCCCAGAGUGGGCCUUAGCCUGCCCCCAGCACUGUCCCCCACAAACACAAACACAGUGUAUUUCCUUGUCACUGCUGGGGAGUCAGCCCACUGCAAGAGGAAAUUGCAGGGAGCUGUGGUAAAUACUGUAUGAGUUGUAAAAGGGUUUUAAGUCAAGCCAAAAAUCUAUCAAAUUUAGAAUAACAUUUUUGCUCUGUUUCAUCUUUAGGGUGGAUAUUGAGUGUUUUUUAAAGGUCUGUCAAGCCAAAGUUUGACAGAUGGAAAAGAAAGAAUGUUGUUGUGAUGGCUUGUUCUGUUGCCAUAACAACCCAGAUAAAUAUUACCCCUAUCUUCAUCUUCCCUAUGAUAAACAUUUUGUUUUUUAGUUUACUAAUUUUAGUUCCAGAAAGUUUUCGCUAAACCUAUAGACCAGGCUGAAUAAAAUCAGAACCUGAACAAGUUCACAUAAAGAAUUUUAGGUGGCACAAAGCUUUUAAUGUUCAAGGUUAUUUUCUUUUCGUAGUGCAAUAAACCAUAAGCCGAGUGAAAGCCUACUGCUAAUGACAAAUAGGAUUAGGUGAUCAGAUCUGGCAACUAUUGGCGUUUAAGCCUUGGUUUUGACGUAUGGUUAACUGCGUCAGUUUUCAUAAAUUUAAAUGAUCUUCUAGAAUCAGCUGCCCUUGGCAGUGUUUGCCAUCUCAGAACACAAGGUUUGAGAAUAUGUCCCCUAGGCAGAUGAGUUUGCUGCCACGUUGGUGCUUGGUAGCCAGAAUACUACUUCACAGGUCAGGUUGGUCCUCAAUAGUUGACAAAGUCUUGGAGACAAAUACAUUUAAUUCAGCAAACUUCUAUGAAGAAACCAAUUUUAAUAUCAUAAUGGCAAGUUCUGACUUAACACUUAGUAUUAGCCAUCUAUUUUUAUACACGAACACCAAGAAGAUACCAUUUGAAGCAAGACCUAAAGGAUAAAUAGCCACAGAUACUAUAAUCUUCUAAUCCAAAGCCAUCACUCACAUGUCCUUGGCCGAAAGCAUCUUCCGGUUCUUCUGUUGGAUUCAGCUCCCACCCAGCCACACUGGCUUUGUGUCAGCUCUUCCCCUUUGGGACUUAACUUCAGUGCCUCAAAACCACUCAGACUAGUUAUCAGUUUCUUAGAGUGAGAUGUCACCAUCGUUCUGUCCAGACUCUGCUAACAAACUCUACAGUGACCUUCCUGUGACACCCUAGUUCUUUUUGUGGCCUCAAACAAAACUCCCACUUCCAGUCCCUGGCUUGUUUUCUGUCUUAUAGAGGAGAGUUUGUAGAUGUUAAGCUGGAAAGACAUUGGAGAUUACCUUUUACAGGAGACUGUGGAGACAUGAAGAGCUCCUCCUGAGAUUACACAGGAGGUGACAGAAUUGGCUUUCCUGAGGCCCAGCCUGUGUCCUUUUAAGUUCAGUGACACAUUACUUCAGGGUUUCGAAGUACAGUCAUGGAAACAUGGCAGCCGCUUCGUGGUGACACCCACUUUCUGCAAGGCUUCACCAGGCCCAAGAUCAGACCCCAGUUUACCUUUCACUGCUCUUCCUGGGAGUGAUGCCCACAGGAGCUGGGGGGCUAGAGGGCACUGACUAGAUCAGCCCUCAGUUCCUAACUAGUUAGUUAGGAAAACUUCCUGAUUCUUUGACAGUGUCUUAAGGAAGCUCUGAGCUAGACUGUCACAGGUUCAUAGAUGAAUUGGAAGCCUGCAGGAUACAGGAUCCCUAAAUAUGGCAUGGAGGCUUAAUAGGGACCAGAAUGGAAGUGUCUGCUCCAGGGAAACUUUAGCGUUUCACAAGUGCAUCCUGAUAUUCUGGAAUAAUACUUUUCAGCCUUCAGCCUUCAGCCCUCAGGAACUACCACCCAACAGCAAAAUGCUCAGGGGCCUGACCCUUCUUGCUAUGCCUACCAUUGAGCCCUGUGGCCCAGCUACCCUCCCACUGGGGCCUUCUCUUCCCUCUCCCUCUUCUGUACAAUUGGUCACAGCUGUGGGAGCUGGUGUUUCUUUCCUCCACCCACACUGUAAUGCGAGCCAGCUGCCAGGAUGCUCUUCCUCACCCUUCAAAGACAGCUCCUCCUCCAAGCAGCUGAUGCCCAGGGAGACUGCUCCCAGCUUGCUUGAAAAGUCACCUCAGCCUCCCAGAACCAUUCCCUUUGCAUAUUCCUAAGAGACCCCUGGUCCCAGCAGUGCUCACCCUCCUGCCUCAAGUCAGGGAGGAAAAUUUCAUUAGAACUUGUAGCACUGAUUGAGGAAGACAUACCCUACCCUCACUACCGUUUUCUCUUCUCUGCCUCUCGGGGAACUGCUGCCACCACCAACUGUAUUAUUUGCAGGAUUUGACCUUUCCUUUCUUGUAUUGCACAAGGCAAUUUUUUUUAGAAUAAUGACGUGGGCUAGAGAGCCAGAGGAAUGAGACACUCCUCGAAUAGAUGCCUGCCUGCUGCUCUGCUCUGUGCACCCAGCACUCCCUUUGUGCUCCAGCUACCGAGGUGGUGAUGAUAACUAGGUGUGCAAACUAGGCUCCAGCUGCAGGGGCAGAUCUGACAGCCCCUAACCUACACAGCCAGCAGUAUACCUGUUGUCCCUGUCAGAAUGGAGUACAGUUAUCCCUUAGCUCAACGCCUUUCAGUUCACUGAAUGAAUUUCAUCUGUGACUUUUAUUUACGCAUCCUAUGUAUCUAGCGCCAGCAUUGCUUAGCACGUUUCCUAACCUCAGUCCAACCACCUUCUCUUCCACCUGGUUCACACUUACUCACUGAGGUGAUGCACACUUGUAAUCCUAGUUACUCAGGAGGCUGAGACAGGAGGAUAGCAAAUUCAAGGCUAACAUGGGCAACUUAGCAAGAGGCUGUCUCAAAAUAAGAAAUAAAAAGGGUUGGGAUUGUCGCCCAGUAGUAGAGCAUCCCUGGGUUCAAUCCCCAGUACCAAUAGAUAGAUAGAUAGGGCUGGGGGUUGUAACUCAGUGGUACAGUGAGUGUCCCUGCGUUCCAUCCCCAGUACUGGGGUGGGGGGAGGAAUGUGGUACAUUGUUAUUAACUAUAGUGAUCAUAUUGCAUAUUGUACAAUAGAUCUAUAAUUUCUCCUAUCCAUGUGCUAAUGUAUAUUUUAAACAUGUUUCACAGGGGGUGCUGAAUUCAAGAGGAACACAUUGAAAACUAAGUAGUUUGAGUUGUUUUAUUUUAUUCUUCUUUGACUUUUUUUGUUUUAAGGUACCUGGGAUUGAACUCGGGGGCACUGAACCACUGAGCCACAUCCCCAGCCCUAUUUUGUGUUUUAUUUAGAGACAGGGUCUCACUGAGUUGCUUAGCACCUCACUUUUGCUGAGGCUAGCUUUGAACUCAUCAUCCUCCUGCCUCAGUCUCCCAAGCCGCUGGGAUUACAGGCAUGUGCCACUAUGCCCAGCCAUGAUCAUUUGUUUGGAAGAGGGAUUUCCAGGGCUGGGGAUGUGGCUUUGUGGUAGAGCACUUAGAUGACAUGUUUGGGGCCCUGGGUUUGAUCCCUAGCAUUGCAACAAAAAAAAAGCAAGAGAAUCAAAGAGAGAGAUUCCCAAUAUUUCUCCAUGUUUUGUUUUAGCACUUUAAAGGGUUACCGCUAAGUUAUUUAGCAUAUUGUCCUUUGGUCAGGAUUCUAGGUAAGGGGUAACUGUAUAUGAGUUUCACUUUUACAAAAUGGAACAAUUGUGGGCUGGGGUUGUGGCUCAGUGGUAGAGCGCUUGCCCUGAGUUUGAUCCUCAGGAUCACAUAAAAAUAAAUAAAAAUAAAGGUAUUUUUUAAAAACUUCAAAAAAA